GAUCAGCUGUUUCAUUGAUUUCACAAUGAAAAAAAUUUGAUUUUACAUUUUGAUCGUUAUAUAAUCCGAAAAAAAUGUGGCAUGAAGCAAGAAAACAUGAGAAAAAAAUUCGUGGUAUUAUGAUCGAUCAUCGACGCCGAGCAGAAAAACGUAGAGAAUUUUAUGAAAGUAUACGUCUUGAUCCAGCAUCAUAUCUUCAGAUACAUGGCCAACAAAUGAAAAUACAUAUUGAUCCGGUAAUAUCACAAGCAGCCGAAUCAUCAUUAGUACCAUGGAUGGGUGAUGAUAAUAAUAUGAUUGAUCGUUUUGAUGUUCGUGCUAAUUUAGAUUGUCUACCGUCAACAUCAACAACUUCAUCGGAUUUGGAAACAACAAACAAUGACAACAACAAUGAUAAUAAUGGUGGUGGAUUACUUACAUCUGAUCAAGAAUGUCAACUAAAUUAUGAACGUUAUCGUAAUCUUGUUCAAAAUGAUUUUGUUGAAAAUAAUGAACAAAAAGUUUUACAGAAAAUAUUUUUAAAAGAAAAAUGGGGACAACAACACCACCAACAACAACAACAGACAAACAAUUUGAAAACAAAGAAUGAAUUGAAGAAAAAAUUGGCAGAGAAAAAGAAUGCAAUUGGUUAUAAUUAUGAUGAUAAUAAUAAUGGUGAUGGUGGUAAACCAUCUGGAAAUGAUGAUGAUGGCGGAGGGACAUCAAGCGAAUCAGUAGAUGAUUCGGAUGAUGAUGAAGAAGAAUUUGAAGAUCUUGACACUAUCGUUUUUGUUGAUCAAUUGGAUCAAGAUUUGUGUGAACGUUUGAAUAUUGUUGCCAAAAAAUAUGGUAUAAAAUAUGGUGAAUUUAUGAAAUUUAUGCAAGCUGAUAAAUCAGAAUCGGAUCGUUUACGUAUUGCCAAAGAAAUUGAAAAUGAAAAAUCAAUGUUUGUAGGGAGAAAAUCUCGUCGUGAACGAAAAGUUUUAAUUCAACAACGUCUAUUAAUAUUACGUUCAAUCAAUACGGAUGAUUGUGAAGUUGAUCAUUUUGCUGUUGUCAACCAAGAAGAAGGAAAGCGACAUAAGAAAUCAGAUUCAUCAUCAGCUGAAAACGACGAUGACGAUGAUGAUGAUGAUUCUAAAAGUGAAAUUGAAGAAGGAAAAAUUGAAUUUAUAACAUCAUUUGGUAAUGAAGAAGAGGAAAUUCCAUCGACAAAACCAGUGAAUAAAAAGAAAUUGAAAAAAUUGCCAAAAGAAUUGAAUAAAAAGAAAUCUUCUUCUGCUUCGGAAAAAUCUAAACAAAAUUCAUCAACAAACAACUCAUUGAUCUAUGGUCCAUCAUUGCCGGCCAUUGAUGAUAAUGUAGCAGUCGGUUCAUCGAAAAUUGAUUCAAAUAUUCAUUUUAAUUCUAGUUCGAAUAAUAUUAAACAAAAUCGUCGUUGUUUUCGUAAUGCGAAUGAUGAUGAUGAUGAUGAAAAAUUUUCGAACGUUAGACGUCGACGAUCACCUUCAUACAGUCCAUUUCGUAGUCGUCGUCGUCGUUCACCAAGUGUACGACGAAGAUAUAAUUCGAAAAGUGAUGAUAAUUCUUCCAGUGAUGGCAGUAUAGAUCGUCAUCGACGAAGAUCUAGUCGUCGACUUUCGCCACCAUCAAGAUAUCGACGGUCACGUUCGAAUUCGGUGCAUAGAAAAUAUCGACGAAGUAGAUCACCACCAAGACGUAAAAAUCAUACUUCAUCAUCAUAUCGAAAACGAAGUAGAUCAAAAAGUCGAAGCCCGACUAAUAUUCGACGAUCUGAUCGAUCUUCGAGACGUGAAAAAGAAAAAACUCGAAAAUCUUCUAGUCAAAGUCCCAUUCUUCCUAUUCGAACUAAACAAGAUGCCAAAUCGAAUGAUGAUAAUCAGAAAUUAUUAAAAUUAUUAGAAAAAAUUGAAUCGAAUGCAAAAAAAUGUCGAAAUUCUCGAGAUAGAAAUAUUGAUGAUGAAAAAACAUCGAAUAAAAUUGAUAAAAAUUCAAUCAAUGAAACUAACAAAUCAACAAAAACAAUCGAUUUGUUGGAAAAAGAAAAAUCACCACCAAUUAAACGAUAUUAUCGUCAUGAUUUAGUUGAUUCUCAAGAUGAUCAUAGUGAUGAUGGUAAUGAUGAAGAUCGAAACAUUGAUUCUGACGAGAAAACAAAAUCAAAUUUGCCUGUAGUUUCUGUCAACGAAUCAUCAACAAAACCAACUUCAACUUCUUCAUCAUCAUCAAUGGCUAAUUUGAUGACAUGUUCAGGUUCGAAAUCCAAUCAAACAUCCAAUUCAUCCAAUUCGUCAUUGAUAAUAACACCACAAGAACGUUUAAAACGUUUGAUGAAAGCUCAAUUGGAUAAACAAUAUAAAUUGGAUAAAAAAGCAGAAAAUGAUCGUUUGGAACGUAGAAAAUUAGAACAACGUGAACGUCGUGAAGAAUUUGAUAAAUUAUCUAGAUCGAAAAGACGAUCAUCUCGUAGUCGAUCAUCAAAUUCUUCACGUUCAUCAUCCAUUAGUUCAAAUUCGAAUUCUGAUUCAGAUUCUUCAUCAUCAUCAUCAUAUGAAAAAAGAAAAAGGUAUCAUUCAAGAUCUAGGUCCCGAUCACGAUCAAAAACUCGACAUCGAACUAAAGAACAUUAUCGACAACAACAUCGAAGACAUCGAUCUCGUUCAAUUACACCGGAUUAUGGUCGCCAUGGUCACCAUCAUCAUCAUUCAUCAUCAACAGCAACAACAACAUCCAGGUAUCGAUCAUCAAGACGAUAAAAGUCUUGACUAAAACAAAACAAAACAAACAAAAAUUUUAUUUAAAUUAAACAAGGAAAAAAUUUGAAAAAAUUCCAUUUCGAAAAUAUUUUCUUCAUGGUUAUGUUAACCUGAUUAGGUUGAAAUAGCCUCA